GCUGGACUACUGUAGCCAACUGUAUGAGUCCAUACAGACUACAUUCAACAUCAUGCACAAGUCUAGAUGACAUGGGUACAUCAAAUUCUACUAGUGUGCAGUACAGGUUCAAAAAUGUUUUAGCCACUCCAACUAGAGCUUCACCAUUACCAGCAUUGUGCUGGGGAAAUCAUGAUGAAGUAUGGAAUAUCCUUCUGAAGAAGGAGCAGGCUUACUUGAGAGACAAAGAUGUUUUCCAAAAGCAUCCACUCUUGCAACCUAAGAUGAGAGCUAUUCUUCUUGAUUGGUUAAUGGAGGUGUGCGAAGUCUACAAGCUACACAGAGAGACACUUUAUUUAGCCCAGGACUUUUUCGAUAGGUUUAUGGCAACACAACAAAAUGUUGUGAAGACUCGAUUACAGCUUAUUGGUAUUUCAGCUUUAUUUAUUGCUGCAAAGCUAGAGGAAAUCUACCCACCAAAGCUGCACCAGUUUGCCUAUGUUACUGAUGGAGCUUGCACAGAAGAAGAAAUCCUUAACAUGGAACUUGUUGUUCUGAAGGCUCUCCAGUGGAAUCUGUGCCCGAUAACAAUUGUGUCUUGGCUUAACAUCUACAUGCAAGUUGCAUAUUUGCAGGAAAUGUAUGAAAUAUUAAUACCACAGUACCCACAAGAAAUGUUUGUUCAAGUAAUGGAGCUAUUGGAUCUCUGUAUCUUGGAUUUCAAAUGUUUGGAGUUCACAUAUGGUGUCACGGCAGCUUCAGCUUUGUAUCACUUUUCUUCUUGUGAAUUAGUUCACAAAGUCUCAGGAUUUGAAUGGAGUGAAAUAGAAGGAUGUGUGAAAUGGAUGGUUCCAUUUGCUAUGGCCUUGAGAGAACUGGGAAGUAUAAAACUCAAAAAUUUGAAAGGUGUCUGUCCAGAAGACUUGCACAACAUACAGACACAUUCUAACAGCUUAUCAUUACUGGAUAAAGCUCACACAAAGCAGGCACUACUAUUGGAACAGAGUAGAUGUUCACCUGUACCUUCUGGAAUUUUAACUCCUCCACAGAGCAGUAAGAAAAACAACAUUGUGGGCUCACGUGAAGAUCUCAAACAUUUGCAAUCCUGAAACAGAUUAUGGGUGAAUUUCUUACACCUAGAAGUCUGAAUUUAAGAAAAUGCUUUAACAUAAUGAAUGAAAGUUAAGUGGAUUUGAUUCUCAUGCCUACUGUUGAAGGCAGAAGAUGGCUGUAGAAUUCUAAUUGCAUUCUUUGAUGCCUGCAACUCUUAAUUCUGGAUGUUAGAACUCUCUAUAACUUGGCUCUUUAAUACUGACCUUUUUAAACUGGUGGACUUUUGCCAAGAACUCCAACCAAAUAAAGGGUGCUUUCCAAGUUAUCCUAAUUGCUGCUAGGGAGGAUGGC